AUGGCGUGCCCUCAGCAGAAGAAUAGAGCUGAUUGUGGUUUGCAAGUCAUUGUCAACACUGCUUACCUGAGCGCCGAACUGCCCAUCCCCGCACGAGUUAACACCAGGCUCUGGAGAGCGUUGAUUGCUGCCAUUGUCGUGUUCAAGAAGAAUGUAGCUGCAAAUCCCGAAAUUGAGCCGCAGUAUCAGUCACAGUCGCCUCACGAGGGAUCAUACAUGGCCCUCGAUCGCUGCUUUCGAGAUUUCUACCUCGACGCCGACGACAUGUUGCUCUCCGUAUUGCCUACAGUGCCCCAUGUGGAAGGUUCGAUAAAAGACGAGGCGGAUGCCGAUGCGCAUUUCAAGGCCGUGACAGCUUGGCAUCGAGAAACUCAGCGGAUAUUCGCUCAAGCCAAGGAGAAAAUUGCUUCGUGGAGUACCGAAAUGCGCCAAGUGAAUGGGGCAAAGCAAAUUAUUUCCAUCCUCCACAGAAAGUGCUCAUCGAUUGUAAACGAGAAAGAUGCUAAAAUAAGCAUGUUAGAACUCAGGAUCCAUAAUCGUCAGGCUGCAGCCCGCAGAGGACAUUUGCGUUCCUCAAAAGUCUUGGAUGAUUUCAAAGAGCAGCUAGGCAAGGUCGAGGAGAUGACAAAAGCCAACAGGGCAAUCUGCAAUAUAUGGUCCAUGAUGUUGGCUGUGCUCAUCAAGGCUGAAGAGACUUUGAAGACGAGGAUAAAGAUGGGAGGGAUCAGCUGA